AUUCAUAUAAAAAGAGACCAAACCGAGCAGAGAAACUCAUCCAGAACAGCGUUUGAUAAAAAAAAACAAUUGAAAAACAAUAAAAUCAUCUCAAAAUGGUUCACUUUUCCAAAAUUUUGAUGGGAUUCGCCAUCAUCGCUUUCGCCAAUGGACAAUUGGUUUCUCAGUCCGAAUUUCAAAACGGGGUCACAUCGAAUGGAUUUCCACCACCCUCAGCCGCACAAUACAACGGAUUCGUAAAGUCACUGGGUGCAGGGUCAAUCUCUUCGAAAAUGGAGGCCGCCAUGUUCCUUGCGCAAACGUUACACGAGUCGGCCGGUCUCACAACGAAGCGAGAAUGGGGAUGUUCCGGUCAGAACGGAUGCGUGGACCGGUACCCGGCCUGGAGCGAAUGGGUUCCAGAAUGCCAAGGGAAUAACCGACCACCAGGAAUUGGUUAUUAUGGUCGCGGUUACAUCCAGCUAACUUGGUGUUCAAACUACAUCCAAGCAUCACGAGCACUUGGGAGAGGUGACCAGUUAAAGUCGAAUCCAGACUCGGUGGCACAAUCUGAAGAUCUCUCGUGGGCAGUGUCCGCUUGGUUUUGGAAGGCCAAUGUCCACGGUCCCUUGGGAGGAACGAACCAAUUUGGACGCACGACCAAAGCGAUUAACGGACAAACUCAAGAGUGUCAAGGGAAUGGACAAAAUGCAGAUAAAUCGAGACAAAGGUUUCGUUAUUACACUAAAGUAUUUGCUGCUUUCCGCCUAUCCGGGGUUCCCAACGAGGCCGGGUGUCCGUAUUAAAUUUGUAUUAGAGUGAAUGAUGAAUUGAUUGAUGGAUUGUUUAGCUUAAUCGUUGCGAAUGUCUGUUUUUGACCACAAAUUUUCCGAGAAUCAUGUUAAUAAAUUUAAUAAAAAAAAGUCUAAUAAAACAUGUGCAUUAAUAAAUCUCUUGAAAAAUGA